GGGAAAAGUUGAGGAAGACAGAAGAGGACGAACCAAGGGGAGACUCGGAUGAAAGCGCCUCCUUCGCUAUUUCUCCCCACACUGUAAAUAGAUGCUUAUUUAUGCGCAUUUAAAUGAAACAAACCUAAAAAAGGUAGCGCUGCGUCUCUUUCUCUUUUUUUUUGUUUUGGAUAACGUAGCCGGGGGAAGCUACAUCCAAGAAACGCUCAACACAUUUCCGGACAGAAGCUUGAACUUUCAGCGUUACACGGACUUUGAAGUUGCCACGAAUUGUCUCCGUGAAACAUCUGCUGGUGUCUGAGUGAGAGUGGACGCUGGGAUUUUAUCUCUUCGCUGGAGAAAGAAAAAGAAAAACGCCGACGGCUUGGAAAAAAAAAAAAAAAUCAAACCCCAACCGGUGUCAACAACUGAAGCAGUUUUCCUCAUAUUUCCAGAAUGGACUCCCACUGCCGUAAACUGGCCACCACCUGCGCACAAAUAGAAAAAGAAAAAACCCAGAAUAAAAACGACGACUCAUCGGAUGACCCGUCCAAAAAGAAGCGGCAGCGGCGGCAGAGGACUCACUUCACCAGCCAGCAGCUGCAGGAGCUGGAGGCCACUUUCCAGAGGAAUCGCUAUCCGGACAUGAGCACGAGGGAGGAGAUAGCCGUGUGGACCAACCUCACAGAGGCCCGGGUCAGGGUUUGGUUCAAGAACCGGCGAGCCAAGUGGAGGAAACGGGAAAGAAACCAACAAGCAGAGCUGUGCAAAAACGGCUUCGGCCCGCAGUUCAAUGGACUCAUGCAGCCCUACGAGGACAUGUACCCCAGCUACACGUACAACAACUGGGCCGCCAAGGGCCUCACAUCGGCCUCUUUAUCCACCAAAAGCUUCCCCUUCUUCAACUCCAUGAAUGUCAACCCCUUGUCCUCGCAGACCAUGUUCUCACCGCCCAACUCCAUAUCCUCCAUGACUUCCAGCAUGGUGCCAUCGGCGGUGACGGGCGUGCCGGGCUCCAGCCUCAACAGCCUCAAUAACUUGAACAACCUCAGUAACCCGUCCCUCAACUCGGGGGUGCCCACGUCGGCGUGCCCCUACGCGCCUCCGACCCCUCCUUACGUGUACAGGGACACUUGUAACUCCAGCCUGGCCAGCCUGAGACUGAAAGCCAAGCAGCACUCGAGUUUUGGAUACGCCAGUGUGCAGAAUCCGGCCACUAAUCUGAGCGCUUGCCAAUACGCCGUGGACAGACCAGUCUAAUACCUACAUGCACUGCAAAAAAAAAAAAAAAAAAAAAAAAAAAUCACCACUUGAACACGUCAUUAGGGACUGCUGAAGGUGAUGUGUGUUAUUUUUCUUCCUCUGGUGGAAGUCUGCUCGGGAGAUAAUUGUAAUUUUUUUCAUGCGUUUUGGGGAAAUUUCUUGAUCAUUUGGCAUUUUUUGACACCAGUCUGAGUGUGAUUUGCAUUGUUCAGACUUAGAUCAAAAUACAGCCACUUGUUCCAUAAAAAUUACCAAACGUGCCAGGAAAAAAGUGAGAUUAUUCCACAGCAUCAUUGUUAAUUUUAAAGUAAAUAAAAUAAUUGGAAAAAUUGGAGGUCGAGGUCGCCAUGACGGUUUGUUAUGGUGGUCAUUUUUUUGCAGUGUGUGGGUAAUGAAAAGCAGCCGGCCACAGGAACAAGAGACUACUACAACUACUUCUUCAUUUUUCAAAAAAAAAAAAAAAAAAGGGCACUAUAGAAGACUGAACCACUGAAGCAAGCUCAACUCCAGCUCGGAGUCCAAGUGAACGGGAGAUUUUUUCGGUUUAUAUCCUUUUUUCUUUUUUCUUGAUGAGGGCAGGCCUGCUUCACAGUCCAAAAAAAUAAAAGCACGACCUGUUUUCAUUUUUCAAAAAGCUCAUCACGAGGGUCUUUUUACUUUCUCUGGUGGAUUUUGGACGUUCAUUGUUGACUGAAAAAAAAAA